GAGGGACAGGGGAAGAGGAAGUAUCUUUAGGUCCUGCGGAACACUGGCUGUCUUGGUGGGUAGGGACGGUCAUUAGCAGCUUUCUGGACACACAGACACAGACAGAAUGGACUUCCUCCGGCUACACCUCCCUGGGCUGCAUCAAGCCUUAAGGGGGGCACUGGACUCCCUCAGCACCUUUGUCUCCUACCUCAUGGGAGAUGCGGUCCUCACGGUAGAGAGGGAGGUGCGGGAACUGGGGGAGGUGGCUGCAGGAAAACCAGAGAAGACUGUAGAGGAGGAAGCCCAGGAAGCCUUGCACAGCCUUAGAGAUGGCCCAAGUGAGCGGGCUGGAGUGCUGAGAGGGACUGGAGAGGCUGGAGGAGGCCAGGAGGAGCGCUCAGCUGCAGAACAGGUCUGGGGGUGGGGAGAAGGUAGCUCCUGCAGGUCUCAAGCAGGUAGGCAGAACUCUGGAGCCUGGGGGGCCGGCACAGCAGCCAAGAGCCCAGAACCAAGUGUUCUCUUGAAGGCUGAGAAGACUUCUGAGGCAGAGUCUAGGACUCACAGAGAUGAGAGCAGUCAAGCCAAGAAGAGACAGGAGUCUGAAGAGCAGGAAAGGAACAGAGGGGAGACACUGAGAAUCUGGGAACAGGAGGAGGAAGAGGAGAAGGAAGAGGUUGGGGCAAGAGGGGCAGGGAUGGCCAGAGGGGUGGAGUCAGAGCAGCCCUGGCAUGGGGAGCUCCAGGGGAAGGCUGGUGUUGAGAGGGAGAAGGUGGCUAGGGACUGUGGCGUGGUCAGGGUGGCAGUUGCAGAAACUGAGGUAUCUGGAGCCAAAAGGCCUUGGAGGAAAGAAGGGGAGGUGGUAGGAGUGAGGGCUGACCAAAGCACAAGGGCACAAGAGACCCAGGGUCCAGGCCCAGAGUCUGAAGACCAGGCAACCUGGCAUAAAGAAGAAGCCAGGGCAACCUUAGGCAAGGAAGCAGAUAGGACAGCCUCAGCUGGAGAAGAGGACAGCCCAACCAUAGCCAGAGAGAAGGCCAGCACAGCCUCAGCCAGGGAGGAGGCUGACCUCCCAGGAAUCAGGGAGACAGAAGAUGGGCUAGUCACAGCAGACAGGAUCUUAGAAGCUGCCAGUAGUAUCCGGAUCCUAGAGAAGGCCUCCAACAGAGACCAGGAAGAGGAGCCAGAUGAGAAGAGAGAGGAUAAAGUGAAGGUUUUCUCCAAACAGCCCUGGGCCCUGGUGACUGAAGCAAUAGAAGAUGCAGCUGAGGGCCAGAAGGCAAAGAGGGAAGCUGCAGGAGCCCAGGAGUCAGAGGAGGAGGCAGGGGAGCACUUUGAGGGCAAGACCGAUGAGUAUACAAAAGAGGCCUGCAGUGGGCCAAACUCGGAGAUCAAGGCUGAUGAUGGUGCCAGUCCAUGGGAGGUCCCAGCAGAAGAGCCUCAGGAGAAGAAAGAGACGUGCUGCGCUCUAGAGGCUGAGCUGGUCCCAGGCAAGGAGGUUGAAGGUGAAGCUGACUCAGAAGCAGCUCUGGAGGCCAGGCCUGAGGAGUUCAUGUGGGAGAAAGACCAGGAGUAUCAGACAAGCCAAGAAGCACUGGGGGUGGAAUGGAGUAUCCCCAAACACGGGGUCCCUGAAGACCAGGGGCUCAAGCUGGUGGAAGAUGCCCAGACUCCAGAAGAGUCACCUAAAGAAGGGCAGGGGGGUCAGGAGGAGCACUGUCAGGAUCAAGGCCUGAGCAGAGAGGAGGCAGGAACGGGGGUGAGGGAACAGCCCAGACACUUGGGACCUCCUGAAGUCCCUGAGACAGAAGGCUGGGAACUGUGGCGGGUAGGGGACCCAGAAAGCAAAAUUACUCAGGAGGGAAAAUCAGAUGCUGAAGAGGGAGAAGAGGAGGCUGCAGGAGGCCAGGCCCUGGAGGCUGAGGCUGAAGGAUCCUGGGGGUCUGAACCGCCAGAGGUCCUGGACUGUGGAAUGGAGGAGGGAGAGACCUCUGUGGUGGACAACCAGGAGUUGCAGGCAAACAAAGGGACAGAGGCAGAGCCAGGCCAGGCACUGGGAGAGUCAGAGGCUGGAGAAACCACGGACAAGGUAGUGGAGAUCACUGUGCCUUGGGAGGCGGACAGAAUACCUAGGUGGGGCUGGAGGCUGGAGGGGGCAGCUUUGAGCCUCCAGGAUAGUGAGGACACUCAGACCAGUUCUUUGGCUACUGAGGUGGUGGAGGACCAGGCAGUCCUGGCUGGGGAAGGGCUUCAAGGAGAGGCUGGAGGAGCUUGGAGCAGCGAGGAGCUUGGGAGAGGCUGGGACUCUGAAGAGAGAGAAGAGGCUGAGGGAGGUGCAGGGCAGAUAGAGGCUGCACAGGCACUGUUGGAGGAAGAGACUGGGGAAUGGCAUAUAGGAGAGCAGAGAGGAGACAGUGAGAGGCAGGAUGAGGACCGCCAUCCUGAGGGACAGGCAGAAAGGCCACCAGAAGUGGAUGAUGUCAAGGUGACUGGUGGCCAGAGGACAGAGGCUGAGGGGACUGCUCCAGAGGACCUGGAGGAUGUCCAGGGCCAGGAGGGGCAGCCAACAUACCAGCCACCCGUGGAGACCGCACCUGGGCCCUCUGAGACUGCAGAGGCCGUGGGAAGUGACACAGGGGACACUCACAGCAGCUGGAGUAAGGCCCUGCUUCCUGGGUCCCGCCUGGACGUCUCUGUUUCACGGAGCCGUGUGCUUCUGUCACGAAGCUCCUGGAAGCGUCGUUCACGGCCCUCUUCCUGGAGGAAAACUUCCCCUGAGCAGCAGCAGGAGGACCCUCCCAGUCCCCAGCCUGAUGAGGGACUCUCCACCCCUGAACAGAGACCUCUUCAGCUAGAGGAAGCCCCUGAGCCAAGUCCCUUACAGUCUGGAGGGACCUCAGAGCCAGUCAAGAGAAAGCUCCUGGGACAUGGGUUUGGCCCCAUGCACCCUGGCAUGAUGCAGGAGUUGCAAGCCAGGCUGGUGCAGCGGAAGCCCCAGUGACUGAGAGCUGCUGUCCCUCUGGGAGCCUGGCCUGCAUGAGGAUCAGAAGCCUCCAGGAGCCCUGCCCACCCUGGUUCUCUCUGCCACUUGCACUCUUUCCACUGUCUGAGCCUCACUGCUUGGUGUCUCAUUCACGGAGUGGACAAGAGCAAAAGGUCUGUGAAGACCUUGGACUUCAGGAAUCUGAUUCUCUAGCGCAGCCUGGUGGACGCUAUGCCACUGAGACCUCUCCUCAAGGGUUCCUUUCCCUGGUCACCUCAACCUGUCCCAGCUGCUCAGAAGACGAUUGUGGGAAUGAAGUCUGUUCUCCAUAGUCCACUCUCCGUGCCUGAACUCCCCAGAGAGCUGCAUGGGGUGACAUAGCUGGGGGGGGGGGGGCUAACACAUUCUUCCCUUCAGCACAAAGGAAACAGAUUGACAGGCUUAGAGGCACCAGAUGGAAUCAGAAAUCAACAGGUAGCAGGCCAGCUGCCUUGACUUUCCAAAAAGAGAGCUCAGCCCCAGAACUCUGCUGGUUACUAUGGCAACUAAGCAGGCCAGUCAGGGAAAGUGGACCAGAAGCAUCAAAUACGUCAGAGCAGUGAAGGGUUCUGAGUGGCCAGAGGCUACCAACUCCCUUGUAGCUAUCUUGUCCCUUGGAUGUCAGGCACCUCUUCUAUGACAAGAUGCUAAAGCAGAGAAAGGAUGAGAAGGCUUUAUUAGGCACCCAGCGCAGUGGUGCAGCCUGAGGAUAAGAUAAUAAAUAAAUCGUAUCCUAAACAAUAAAUAAAUAUUCAAGAAAUAAAUAUCUGACAUGGGCUGGAGGGACUUUAAAUUAUUGGGUAGGGGAUGGGGCUGGGGCUGGUCUGAGGCAAAUGGGGCUGGAGGUUGUGCUCUUGGCCAGGACUCCAGGCCCGAAGUCCUAAAGAAUAAGGAAAGGGGAUUAGACGGUCACUCCAUCAGGACUGGGGGCCAAGCGUGGGUGCCCAGCCUUGGACAGCAGUAGUAAGUCCCGCACGGCCCGGGAUAAGACCAGCUCCAGGGAGUGCAACAGCUGAUAGGUGUAGAGCAGCUGGGGCCAAGACACCUGUGCCCCUCGAAGCAGCCCUGUCCCCUCCUCCUCCUCCUCCUCUUCCUCUUCCUUUUUCUCCUCAGGGAGGUUGAGUCCUGCAGCCAGCCCCUGUGGGGAGAGACUGAGGUCAGGCUGUGGCCAGGCGGCAGUGGGAGCAACUUUUUAUUGCUUUCCUGUGGCCAGCCCUCUAAAUGACAUCAGUGACUACAAGACCAUUUCCCUGGGCAGCCCCUACUGCCGAUCUCCCAUGGCGUUACCAUAUCUCAUAUCUCACCUGAUUUUUGGCUCAAGUAAGACAAUGUUCAUGAAGCUGGGCUACUCCCCCAGGACUACCCUGAGGAUUGGGGUCUAGGAAGUUCCUCUCUGCUUUUUAAGGAUGAUCUCAGAACCAAAAAUGGGCAGGGAAUGACGUAGCUACUUUCCACGUUGCUUGCAUUUUCUAUUCUCCUUUUUAAUAAAAUUUGUAUUGCCCUUUGAAA